AUGUCUCCGUCACCCUUACGCGUUGGGGUUAUCGGUCCUGCAGGUUUCGGCGGAUCUUAUCUAUGCGUCGAGUUAUUGAACCGAGGCCAUACCGUAGUCGGUAUAUCGCGUAACCCUGAGAAGUUGGGGAAGCAUCCACGCUACAUUCCACGUCCGAUAGACAUCGAUCAAGUUCCUAUAGAAGAGCUAGCAAAGCAAUUCGAAGGCCUUGAUGUACUGGUUAGCGAAUUUGGACCGCACACGGCAGGUGCCGGGGCGUUGUUGUACAUGCCGUUCCUAGAAUCCGUUCGCAAGAUUCUCCUAGCCCACAAAAUAUGUCCUUCAUCCUACUUCCUCUUUGUCGGUGGCGCAGGCUCUCUCCACGUCCCAGGCACUGAUCUUCCCUGCGUCGACCACCCUGACUUUUUUCUCGCCUACCGCCGCGCAAUCUCAACUUCGCUCGCGCACAUAGCUUAUAUGGAGGAGCGUCUAGGCAUCAUGGGUACCUCGUUGCGACGUUAUCGCGAAGCCAGGUUAGCAGAAAGCUCUAGGACGGCCACAGAAGAAGACAAAUCUGUAAUCGCAGACUACGAAAAGCAAAUUCGCGUCAAAGACAACGCAUCGGACUUUAUCAAAGCGGGGCGGACGGCGUACAUGUUCUUCGAAGACCGAAAGACGUUUGAUUGGAGUUUCGUUUCACCAUCUGCUUUGUAUCGUCCAGGGAAGAGAACUGGGAAGUAUGAGAUUAGCGUUGACGAUAUGGUGUUGGUGGGCGAGCAGCAGGAGGACAAGGACGUGUUUGAGGGCAGGUUGACCGGGAUAAGCGUAGCGGAUAUGGCGAUUGCAAUUGCGGAUGAGAUUGAGCAAAGGAAGUUGGUUUGGAAACACUGGAGUGCCUGGGCCGAUAUCAGUGAGGAUGUGCCGUCGCCGGCAUAUGUGGGUUUAGAUGCUGUGGAUGGGGGCAGCAGGUAG